AUGUAUAAUUGUGACUACCCUGCUACUCAAUACACAUACUUUGAAGAAAGUGGGGCUUUUGAAUUGGAAUUGGAGAAUCCAAUGAGAUAUGUCCCCUGCUGCACUUUAGUCCCUGCAUUGUUUUCAAACUGGCCACAAUAUUUUCUGAGAAUUACACUUAGGUCCCUCCUUGGUCAAUGGGUUGUAAACGGUACUGUUCAUCGGGCACACGCGUUCUCUUCUCUUUUACCACCGCUACCUCCGCCUAUGGUUUUCUUCUUCAUAGCUCUCGCUGUCUCCAAAUCCCUUUCAAACCUCCAAUACGUUCCAGUAUGUCGAUUGCUCUGGGUUCAUCUGCAAACGCACAUGAUAGGGUUCACCCAUUUGACCCCCGCAUCCCAAGUUCCCCGCGCAACAAUUUGUUAA